AUGUUUUUGAAUGAUCCAGUACGACAAACACCAAAUAUUUUCUCGGUUUUUAUAUUAUUGUUGAAACGAUCUCUAUUACAAAUUUAUGGAAACAAAACACGAUUUGUGAUGGAUCAGAUAUUAAAUUUUUUUUGUGGUUCAUUUCUUUCAGCAGCUGUCAGUAACUACAGAUAUAUCGGUUCUCCACCACAAGAAUUAUGUUUGAUUAUGCCGAUGAUACUUCAUCCAUAUUGUAAAUUACCACUAGAUAAUUUACAAGUAAGAGAAUGGUUGGAUUAUGAUAUUAUUGUUUUUGAUCUCUAUACUAUAGUAGUACAACCUGUAGCAGAUAUACCAAGAUUAAUAGCAGCAUCAUUCAUGUUUUCAAUAUCAUUUAUAAUGUUUUAUUCAAAUGAAACAAAAUUUUGUGAUCAUUAUUUAAUUAUUUUAUUAAGUUAUUUUGCUGCUUGGAGUUCAGGAUAUUUCUUAUCAAUCAUUGUGAGCAAAGAACAAAUAGGACUUGCGGGCACAGCAUUUGCACUCUCAUGGGGUUUGGUAUUUGGAGGAUCUAAUCCAACUUUAACACAAGUCAAAUCUAAUUCAAGUUAUGCAAGAAUACGUUGGUUAUGGGAGAUUUCAGCACAAAGAUGGGCAAUUGAAGCAGCAUAUUUAAAAGAAAUUUGGUCAAGAGCAUGGCAUGAAAUUCACGACACACCAUUAAAUUUUACAUAUAAGUUUGACGAGUAUAAUGAAUGUUUAAGAAAUAUUUGUUUGAUUGCAUUAUGUUGGUUUUUAUUGGCAUUUUUAGCAUUAAAAUUAAUUAACAGAGAUAAACAAAAAUAA